AUAAAGUACCGGAGCCACCAACAAAACCCUAAUUUCUUUGCGAGCAACCCUGAGCAAGAGCUAGAGCACCUCUUCUGCAUCUCGGCGGCUCACUCUCUGCUGCAUCGAAGAUGAAGUUCAAUAUCGCAAAUCCAACCACAGGGUGUCAGAAAAAGCUCGAAAUCGACGAUGACCAGAAGCUCCGUGCUUUUUAUGACAAGAGGAUCUCGCAAGAAGUCAGCGGAGAUGCUUUGGGUGAUGAAUUUAAGGGCUAUGUAUUCAAAAUCAUGGGAGGCUGUGACAAGCAAGGUUUUCCUAUGAAGCAGGGAGUUUUGACCCCGGGCCGAGUCCGUCUUUUGCUUCACCGAGGUACCCCUUGCUUCCGAGGAUAUGGUAGGCGAAAUGGGGAGCGCAGAAGAAAGUCUGUUCGUGGAUGUAUUGUUAGCCAGGACCUAUCAGUUUUGAACUUGGUUAUUGUGAAAAAGGGUGAGAGUGACCUUCCUGGGCUGACUGACAUUGAGAAACCAAGAAUGAGAGGUCCAAAGAGAGCAUCCAAGAUUCGGAAACUCUUCAAUCUUUCCAAGGAGGAUGAUGUUAGGAAGUAUGUCAACACAUACCGUCGAACUUUCACAACCAAAUCUGGAAAGAAGUGCAGCAAAGCUCCAAAAAUUCAGAGGCUGGUAACUCCACUGACUCUGCAGAGGAAGCGAGCAAGAAUUGCUGAUAAGAAGAAAAGAAUUGCAAAGGCCAAGUCUGAAGCAGCUGAGUACCAAAAGCUUCUUGCCUCCAGGUUGAAGGAGCAGCGCGAGCGUCGUAGUGAGAGCUUGGCAAAGAAGAGGUCGAGACUCUCUGCUGCCUCCAAGCCAUCUGUCGCAGCAUAGGUGGCCUGGUUGGUCAUAAUCCUUGGUUUUGCAGUCAUAUUUUAAUGUCGUUUAUGGGUUUCAUCCAUAUUCUGAGUUUAUUUUGAAUGAUGAACUUUAGAAGUCUUCAAGUUAUAUUUGACAGUUAAUCGUUACUGUUCUACUUGGGCCUUUGAUAUUUUUGUUUGGUUUAUUGUCUAUUAUUUUAAUGGUCUUAUCUUGUUUCGACAUGUUGGAUCUUUUGGUUAUUCUAUCAAUGUGGACCUUCUGCAAAUGCAAUUGAUGUUUGAUUGUUGGUUUGGAAA